AUGUUCGUCAGGACCAGCUUGCUCUACCUCUUUGGGCUCCUCGGCACCCUUAGAGCAGUUUCUGCUUGUGCCGAUGACCACGACCAUGACCAUUCGAUCAUCAGUAGAGCAGUCCCUUCAGCGCCGUUAACCCCACCGUCGCGUCCUUUGGAGUGGGGUGACAUCAACAUCAUCCACACCACCGACACCCAUGGCUGGCUACUCGGGCACCAGAAGAAGUCGUUCCCUGAACCCAAUUACAGCGGAGACUUUGGAGAUUUUGCGUCGUUCGUAUCGCACAUGAAGGAGAUUGCCAUUGAACGCGAUGUGGACCUCUUGCUGGUGGAUUCUGGCGAUCUGCCCGACGGAACUGGCCUAAGUGACGGUUUCCCGCCUGGAGGAAUCGAUGCACACGACUCCAACCAAUUCCUCAAAAGGCUGCCGUACGAUGUGAUGGCCAUUGGGAACCAUGAGCUGUAUGUCUACGCGAACACACUCGACAUGCACCAGAAUUUCGCCCCGAGCCUCCAUGGAAGAUACUUGUCCUCGAACGCAAACAUCGCGGUCGUGAAUGACCAAGGCCAGGUCGUCAGCGUUCCUGUUGGAAGUCGCUUUGCUAAAUUUACGACCAGGAAAGGUCGAAAAGUUACCUCGUUGGGUGUUCUGUUCGAUUUUACUGGUUACGACAAGAAUACCACUGUUCAGAAGGUCGAGGAUAUGGUCAGAGAAGCUUGGUUCGCCGAUGCCAUUAAGGACGAACCUGAUUUCUUCCUGCUCGUUGGGCACAUGCCAGUUGCUCGCGACAAAUGGCCCUUCGUUUUCAAUACCAUCCGAGCUGUCCAUCCAACGACGCCAAUUCUUAUCCUCGGAGGUCAUACGCACAUUCGCGACUGUCUUCAACUGGAUGGUCGUUCCAUGUCAUUGGAGAGCGGACGAUAUAUGGAGACAAUAGGUUGGCUAAGUAGGAUCUUCCACCAUUUCUGCUUUAUUGUCGUUGAUAUCCUUCCGAAAAUCCUAAUCGCGUCACAUUCGAGCAAGCGAACGGACUUGCAAUUCGACACUCGUGAGGGCAACGAUAUCACCAGAGGGUUGAAUAACCUUGCGAAGAGGUUCGAUCUGUCCUUCCUAUUCGGAACGGCUCCUCAUGACUUCACCACCACUCAAGCACCCUAUCCUUCUAACAACUCUCUUUUGAGCCUGUUCAUCGAAAAUGCUCUGCCCGUUGCCCUCGCUAUCAACAACACACGAUCUUCUAUCCCCAGUAUCAUGAUCACGAACUCGGGCUCGCAACGCUUCGACCUCUACGCUGGGCCAUUCACUAAGAACGACCAGCUGACAGCCUCUCCAUUCGCCGACUCCUUCCUCUUCAUACCUGGCGUCCCAUUUGUCUCUGCAAAACAAGUGCUGCCCACUCUGAACAAUGGUGGUGCGAAUGAGAGGAGGGCAUUGUUCAACAAGAGGGAGGAGGAACUUUAUGGUCGUGGAUAUGUUGAUACUGUUUACCGCAAGUGGUUGGAGGAGAUGGAUUUGAGGAAUGCUGGGUUUGACAGGCGUACUGCAAGUAAUUUGACACUGGGAUACGUUACGACCGAUGCUUGCCCUGGUGUUGGAGACGACACAUCACACGUGCCUCUUCCAUUCCACUCCGUCCCGGACUUCAUCGGCUCUGUGCCCCCAGCAGUCUCGGACGACACACCCAUCGACCUCGUCUUUGUCGACUUCAUCGAGACCCAGUUCUUGCACGUUCUGAACACCGUCCAGAAGACGAAGACCUAUACCACUGCUGAUGUCCAGGCAUACAGCCCGGUGCUGGCGAACCAGGCUCUCGGGAUUUAUGCGCAACAGGUGUGGAAUUGA